AUGGCCUUUGCACCCAUGGGACCUGAGGCCUCGUUCUUUAAGGCUUUGGAUCAGCACAGGGCUUCCUUGCUGGCUUCUCUGAGGAGAGGAGGCGGGGAGCCUGCAGGCGGGAGGAGCCCGCCAGCUUCUAGUUCUGAGGUUCUUGCAUCUAUAGAAAAUAUUAUUCAAAACAUCAUCACAAGUUUGGCAAGAAAUGAAGCACCUGUGUUCACAAUAGAGAACAGAUCAAGCUGGGAAAAUAUUAAGUUUGAAGAUUCUGUGGGUCUUCAAAUGGUAUCUCAUUGUACCAUGAGAAAAAUCAGAAGUGACUCGCCAAAAUCAAUUAAAAUUUUUGGUAAAAAAAUUUCUCUAAUCCUCAAAAUAUUGUCCAUGAUUUAUAAGUUGGUACAGAGCAACACUUAUGCAACCAAAAGAGACAUAUAUUACACUGACAGUCAAUUCUUUGGUAACCAAACUGUUGUUGAUAAUGUUAUCAAUGACAUUUCCUGUAUGUUAAAAGUGCCCAGAAGGUGUCUACAUAUAUUAUCCACAUCAAAAGGUUUGAUUGCCGGCAACUUAAAGUAUAUCGAGGAAGAUGGCACUAAAGUGAAUUGCACCUGUGGUGCAACAGCUGUUUCUGUGCCAUCUAAUAUUCAAGGUCUUAAGAAUUUAAUUACAGAUGCAAAAUUUCUAUUAAUUGUAGAAAAAGAUGCAACAUUUCAACGACUCCUAGAUGACAACUUUUGCAACAAAAUGGCUCCAUGCAUCAUGGUUACGGGGAAGGGAGUACCUGAUCUGAACACAAGACUUUUAGUCAAGAAGCUGUGGGAUAUAUUUCACAUUCCUAUUUUCACUCUUGUAGAUGCUGAUCCACAUGGCAUUGAAAUAAUGUGCAUCUAUAAAUAUGGGUCUGUGUCUAUGUCUUUUGAAGCCCAUAAUCUCACAGUUCCAGCUAUUAGAUGGCUUGGUCUCCUCCCUUCUGAUAUUAAAAGGUUACACAUACCUAAAGAGUCCUUAAUUCCACUAACAAAACACGACCAAAUGAAACUUGACAGCAUCCUGAAGAGACCUUAUAUUACUUGCCAACCAUUUUGGAGAAAAGAAAUGGAAAUAAUGGCAGAGUCUAAAAUGAAGGCAGAAAUUCAAUCUUUGGCCUUCCUAUCAUCAGAUUAUCUUUCCAGAGUAUACUUACCUAACAAAUUAAAAUUUGGAGGAUGGAUUUAAAGAUGACAGAGUGACUUGUGAUUGCAAGUUUUGUCUUCAAUGGUUGAUAUUGUGGGCAGGGGAAGCAUAUAGUCUUAAUUUUCUAGAGGAAAGUCAGUUUUCGUUACUUAUAUUUUUUGUCAAAAAAAUACU